AUGUUGUCGCAACAACAACCCAACAUCAAUGCUCUGUUGCACAACAUGCGUGCACAGAUUUUGGCGUUGACCACGCAAUUCGCCGAGCUGCAGGCACAUCCCCCUGCAGCAACCCCCUCGGUCGAGAAGAAGUUCAAUAAGAAAGUCGAAGUCCUCCAAAUUUGGGUCAAAGCAAACUGGGAUGCGUUUGCUGAUGACUUUGAGGUAGCAACUGUGGAGUGCUACACCGCGGGAGUGUGGCCUGUCUGGGACUAUCUCAAAGUCGAGAUCAAAAAAUAUUUUAAACUGCAAGCUGAGCAUGACUGGGCGCUGUCAUGCACCAAAGUUGAUUGGUAG